UUCUUACAAGCAUACACAUGGUAAUUUAGCUGUGAUAAAAAACUCUUCAGUUUGACGAUCAGAUGGUGGUUGCAUGAAAUUCUUGCAAUAUUAUGUGUUACAGCAUCCCGGAAAAUGUUUAAGGUUUGCAUUAUUGGAGCUGGGUUUUCUGGAAUUUGUGCUGCUGUUCGCCUGAAAACAGAAUUAGGAAACAUAUGCCAUGUAACAAUAUUUGAUGAAAACCACGAUUUCGGUGGAGUCUGGCUAAAAAACACGUACCCGGGUUGUGCUUGUGAAGUUCCAAGUCAUUUGUAUUGCUUUUCAUGGGAGCCGAAUCCGGAGUGGACUCAGGCAUAUUGUAGCCAAAACGAAAUUUUGGCCUAUUUGCAAAAUAUAUCCAAGAAAUAUGGAUUAUAUCAGAGUGCAAAGUUUAAUCAUUUUGUGCAUAAAAUACAAUGGGAUGAAAAGUCGUUGAAUUGGAAGGUGAUCGUAGAAGACAAAAAAUCUGUUUUGUUCAAUAAAACGGAGGAGCUCAACUUUGACAUCAUAAUUCAUGCCCAAGGACGGUUCGCAUCUCCCCAAAUACCAGCAGAGUAUGCAAAUUUCGAAGGAUCAGUACUCCACACCGCCCAAUGGGACGAGGAAGUGAAAGUGGAGGGCAAAAACGUCUUGGUGGUGGGAUGUGGUGCCAGCGGGGCACAGGUCAUUCCAAAACUUGGAGUGAUGUCGAAUUUCCUCGUCGUGUAUCAGAGACACGCACCGUGGGUAAUGCCACGAACAAAUUUCUACUUCCCAUCUUGGAUCAAGUGGAUGUUUGCAAGUGUUCCCCUCAUUCACAGAGCAUACAGAACUUUGCUUCACUGGAUAUUUGAAAGAAAUAUUUCGGGAUUCCGAAUCGGCUCCAUUGCAAAUCGACUUGCUCCUCUGCUAUCAAAAUUUCAUUUAUGGAGACAAGUUAAAAAUCCUAAAAUUCGCAAGCAACUAACUCCGAAUUAUAAUUUUGGAUGUAAACGAAUUGUGAACAGCAACGAGUAUUAUCGAACCUUCAACCUUGCUAAUGUAAUCCUGAUUGACAACAAAAUACUUGUGGAGAAAAACGGGAUUCUGACGGAAAGUGGACACCAUUAUGAUAUUGAUGUGAUCGUUUUAGCGACUGGAUUUCAAGUUCAAAAUUUAUUUGGGCAAAUAUCUGUGAUUGGGAAGAAUGGAAUAGACAUUCCUCAAUUGUGGAUGAAUGAUAAGCCAAUGACAUAUUUGAGUAUCAUGAGUUCAGCCGGUCCAAAUUUAUUCGUUUUGUUAGGACCUAAUGCAUCUACCGGCUACACUUCAAUCAUAAUUCAGUUGGAAACGCAAGUUGAAUGGGUCAUAAAAGUCAUACGAGAGUUAAACUCAAACAAAAAGAAGACAAUCUGCGUCAAAGGCGCAGCAGAGCAAAAAUAUAUGAAACAUUUGGAAAGAAAACUUAAAAAGACGGUAUAUGGUUCCUCUCAAUGUGGAAAAUGCAAUUCUUGGUAUCUUAACCCAAAAGGAGAUGUCGUGGAAAUAUACCCAGAUUCAACGUUGGCGUAUAAAAAAGAAACCUUGAGCAUUGUUCCGUCAGACUUUGAAUUUUGUUAAUAAAUAGAAAACGAUCAAGAGAUUCUA